AUUUAAUAUUUUAAUAACUGAGUCUUGAGUAUUUAUUUAGUGAAAGAUAUCAUUGGGUAAUAGAUUUAAUAUGUAAAUAAUAUUUCAUGUGAAUAUAGUUUAAGUCAGUUACACACAAGUAAGUACACAGGGUUGUGGUUUAAAAGUUGAUUAGUUAUUCAAAGCACAUGUAAAGUUACACAAACAGACAGUUAAACAGGUCGUCAGCAAAGAUUCUAUAUAUUACAUACAUUUUACUGGGAUUAAGUUAAGAACCCAGGAACGUCCUUUAGUACCAGGAGAUAGGCCUAGGGGGCGCUACAUUAUUAAUAAUGAAAUUAUUACAGUAUAAGAAGUGUCUAUACUUGAACUGUUCUGUAUGUGCACUCAUGAUAUAUAGUUUUGUUUUGCAUGUGUUUACAUAUGUCCUUUUAUCUUUUUCAGACAAGUCAGAUCUCAGGAUUGUGAUGAUGGGGAAAACUGGAGCAGGAAAAAGUGCAUCAGGGAACACCAUCCUGGGGCAAAUAAAGUUUAAACAAAAAGAUUCUUUUAAAUCAGUUUCUAAGAAAUGCGUACAACACGAGCAGAUGGUGGAAGGUAGAAAACUAUUAGUGAUUGACACUCCAGGACUGUUUUAUACAUCCCUCAGUGAAAAAGAACUGCAGGAAGAAGUAGUACGUUGUGUGCAGAUGUCUGUUCCUGGUCCUCAUGUAUUUCUGCUGGUCAUCAGACUGGAUGUGAGAUUCACAGAUGAAGAGAAAAAAGCAGUGAAAUGGAUUCAGGAGAAUUUCGGAGAAAAAGCCGCUAAUUACACCAUUGUUCUGUUCACUAGAGGAGAUCAGAUAGAUUCACCUAUAAAUACAUUUCUGACAGAAAAUAAACAGAUUGAAGAACUAGUUCGUGAGUGCAAAGGUCGUUAUCAUGUUUUUUAUAACACAGAUAGAAAAAAUAAAUCACAGGUCACUGAACUGCUGGAGAAGAUAGACAGAAUGGUAAUGGAGAACGGAGGAAAGUACUACACAAGUAAGGUUGAUGAGGAAGUGCAGAGAAAAACAGAGGAAGAAACAGAUGUUAAACCAAUAAGGGAUGAAAGAAAGAGUGGAAAGAUGAAAAAUGAGGAAAACAGAAAGAAAGACAGUAACAAGGUGGUGGAGGAGGCUGAACAUGUAGUUUCAGUGGGUCUUGGGCAUUUCUUUUCAUGGCUAUUACCAAAUAGGAGCAUCAAAAAAAAAAAAAAAAUGGGAGCAGAAGGAGCAGAAGAAAAAUGAAUAUAAUAGAUUUCCUGUUAAAACUGCAAGACUAUCAAUAUGUGUGCCUAAUCUACUCAGUAAAUAAAUAAAAUAAGUCUAAAUAAGUGGUUCAGAUGACCAAAGCACAAGGUUGCAUAAUUAACAUUUUAAUUGUUUGGUAAGACAUUUACAAAUUCAUAAAUCUGGGAUUAUGUUAAAAGUGUCAUGUAGUUAUGUUCUGUAUGUUAAAUAUGAAUAUACAUGUGUAUGUGCACAGUAUCUAUAACCAUGCUUUGCAUCCGCUUUCUGGUGAUUGCUGGAUGAGACUGAAUGAUAUGUACAUAUGAUAUAUUUACACUCUCAUUCAUUUAAUUCACAAGAAUGAUUUAAAAUGUAUGGAAAUUUACAUGGAAGAGGAAUUUAAAAAAAACAAUGUAA